UACAAAUGAUUGAAGAGGGCAACUCCUCUCCCCACCACAGUUCUAGUGGCAGACCCUCUCAGCUGCACACCAGUGUGUCAGUUUUCCUCAAGACUGCACUGAACAUCUGAAGCAAUGGCUGUUGUAAGUGGAACCUACCGUAUGGUGUCAGAAGAGGAGCAGGCCCUCAGGGCCAAGCUGGAGCAUCUCACAAUCAAAGACCAUGGGCCAGUGUUCGGACCCUCGCCCAAACUGCCUGACCACACCAUACAGAAGGCUAAAGAUGAGCUUAAUGAGACAGAAGAGAAAAAGGUCUCAGCUGUAAAGGAACUGCGGAGUGUCAUAAGUGAAAAGGCAGCCAGUGGAGAUGAGCUAGCCAAAGCAGUGCAGAGCACUUUUGGCGAGAAACCUGACGAUGUGCUCGUGAGGUUCAUUCGGGCCAGAAAAUAUGAAGUAAACAGAGCCUUUGAACUCAUGAAGGGGUAUGUGCGCUUCAGGCGAGAUUACCCUGAGUUGUUUGAGAACCUGACUCCUGAGGCUGUGCGCAGCACUAUUGAAGCUGGUUACCCAGGAAUCCUCUCCAGCAGAGACAAAUAUGGCCGUGUGGUGCUGCUCUUCAACAUUGAGAACUGGGACUAUGAAGAGAUUACCUUUGAUGAGAUCCUUAGGGCCUACUGUGUCAUUCUGGAGAAGCUGCUGGAGAAUGAGGAGACUCAGAUCAAUGGCUUUUGCAUCAUUGAGAACUUUAAGGGCUUCACUAUGCAGCAGGCUUCUGGCAUCAAGCCCACAGAGUUGAAGAAAAUGGUGGACAUGUUGCAGGACUCUUUCCCUGCUCGUUUCAAAGCAGUGCACUUCAUUCACCAACCCUGGUACUUCACCACCACCUACAAUGUGGUCAAGCCCCUGAUGAAGAGCAAACUCCUGGAGAGGGUGUUUGUCCACGGAGACGAGCUGGAGAGUUACUACAAAGAAUUUGAUCCUGAAAUCCUGCCAUCAGAAUUCAAUGGAAAAGGUUCCAAAUAUGAUGGCAAGGCAGUAUCAGCGAAACUUUUUGACUGAGAAUUAUUCUGAAAUGUCUUUAUGUAACACUAUUCAUUCAUGUUGUGGCAUAUUUAAACACUGAAAUGCGUUUGCGAAUGUGUUUUUUUCUGAGUAGGGGAAAGCAUUUAUUGAUCAGUCUGAACCUGUAAGGAGUAAAGCAUUAUUAAAUCCUGAGAAAACUUGCCCAGUAAAUGCAUAACAACUAUAAAAAAUAUAUCACAAGUGAGAUCUAGAAUAUAGUUAUCAUCUUAUAAACAUGUGGUUUACAGUGCUCCAGUGUUUACGGUAAAUAUGUUAAAUUAAGAGCCAUUUGUUCUCAGAGAACUCUUUACAAUAGUGGGCCGUUUCCCAACCUAGUUGUGAACUAUAUUAUUUAUUAAGAAAUCUUCAUUCAAAAUGGCGUUUAGUCCAAGACUUAUUUCCUUUUUUGAGAAACUGACCCAAGAGGGUAAAGCAUUUCUGUGAAGAUUUGAUUUGCUUCAUUUACAAGAAAAUGUGAGAGGAGGAUCAGGAUCAAUGCCAUAAAAAGUUACUGAAAACACUUUUGCCGAGCUAAUGAGAGGGGGAUUAAUACUGUUCUAACUGAUGUUUGGUUUUGGGCACAAUGACCUUAGGGUUUAUCGUCAGGCGCUCCAGAGACUCUCAUUUUGUUGUCAGUGCUUUAGUAUUUAGAUUAGUAGAAACCUUUUGCCGAUUCGUCAUGAAACGGUUCUAUACAGCACUGAAAAGAAUCAUUUUAAUCAAUACACUGACCCCUUGUCACUCUGCUCUAUAGAACCAUUGUUCCUUAGGGUAUAUAUUCUAGCGAUGUCACCCUUAAAUAAUGUGUACAGUAAAGUGAAAGAAUAAAGAUGUGUGCUUGUCUCAGACGUCUGUUUUCAGAUGCCACAGUAAAAAAAUAAACUGUUAAUCUUUGGUCUUAA